AAACAAGAGAAAUAGUAUAGAAUUUUGCUUUAAAAAAUGUAUAUAUAGUACAAAAGAAAUGUAUUUUUAGUAAGACAAUUUAUAAAUCCAUUCAAGAAAUCACUAAUUUUUUUUCUCAAAUCAGGGACAAGUGUAUGACGUCUUUUUAAAUACAAUAUACAUUUAAUUAUAGUCACCUUAGGUCAUUUUAAGAUAUAUUUUUCAAGUACGUCUCAAAAUAUCUUUUUCCUUAUUUAGUAAACUCCUUCAUUUUCUCAUUAAUAUCGUCAAGAAAGUGUAUAAUUGUAGUGUCAUUGUCGCAGACUUUAGUCGUUUAUCGGACAUUGAUUGAAAAGGUUUCUAGUGCUUCGCAAUUUUUUCCCAAAAAAAAAGAAAAUGAAUCUUCAUUGUUCAACAAUUUUUUUCUUUAUAUUUUCCACAUUUAUAAUUAUUCAAGCUAAAGAAUAUAUUAAUACAGAGGAAUAUAAAGAAUUUCAAGAAUUCAAAGAAUUCGAAGAAUUUAAAAAAUGGAAGAAGGAAAAAGAAUUGACUAGCAAAUUAAAUGUUGAUCAUGAUGACAAGAGUAAAAGUUAUGAACAAAGUUUAUUAUUAAGAAAUAAAUUUAAUGAUGACAAUAGUGAAGAAAUAAGUAACAAGAAACAAAAAUGGAAAGAUAAAAAAUUGAAGGAGAAUUAUAAAAACAAAGAUUUUUCUAAAAAGAAGAAUUAUAAUAAAUUAAAUGAUAAUGAUGAUGAUGAUGAGGAAGAAGAAGAGAAAAACUAUGAAUUAGAAAAUAAUAAACAACAUGGGGAUAAAAUGAAGAAAUAUAAAAAACAAAAUGAACAAAAAAAGAAAAAAUAUGACAAAUAUAUUGAUAAAGUAAAUCAAGAAUCUUUAGAAAGAAUUAAUGAAAAUAGUAAUGAUCCACCACCAAUUAAUGAAGCUGCACUUAUGGCUCGUUAUAUUGUAAAUCAAGCCAAUUGGACAUCGGUGGCGACAAUUAGUUCACGAAAAGAUAUAAAAUUAUUUCCCUCAGUAAAUGUCAUUUCAUUUAGCGAUGGAAUCAUUGGAAAUGGAUCAGGAAUUCCUUACAUGUAUUUAACUCCCUUGGAUUUUACAGCUCAAGAUAUAACCAAAGACAAUCGAGCCAGUUUAAUGAUGACUUUGGCUCAAGGACGAUAUUGUAUUAAAAAAAAUUAUGAUCCCAUGGAUCCUCGAUGUGCAAGAGUAAUUCUUACAGGAAAAAUAAGACCCGUAAAUAUAAAUUCUACGGAAAUAACAAUAGCAGAAAAAGCAGUAUUUAGUCGACAUCCAUGGUUACAAAAUAUGCCUGCAGAUCAUCAUUUUUUUUUUGCAAAAUUAAAAAUUGCAUCAAUUGCAAUGCUUGACACAUUUGGAGGACCAAAAUUUGUGCCUGUUAAAGAUUAUCUUCAUCCUCCAACACCAAAUAUAACUGAGGAAUUUUCACGAUUUAAAUUACAAAUAUCAAAUGAUAUUUUUGAUAACUUUGAAUCUAAUAAUCCUUAUGUAACUCAAUUGUAGAUUUUUUUUUAAAAAAAACUUUGCCUUCGUCUAAUA